GAACAUAUCAGAAAACAACUUAAAGGUGUUCCUGAUCAAUCAAGACUUAGACGAUUGGUUCCUUCUGUUUCAACCUUUCAUACAAAAUUACCAUUACGUGAAUCUUUCUUAUUGGCCAAUGCGAAACAUUCAAUUGCUGCACGUCGAUUUGUUCCUCCGAGUUUUAAUGAUAUUCGAAGUGAUGGAGAUAUGACACUUUACGAUGAUGGAAAAGAUUUUGAACAAGAUUCGGAAUUGGUGAAUCUUCUCGUUCGAUUAUUAAAAUGUGACCUUAUAGUUUGUGUGGUAACUGCCGCGGGAUAUUCUGGUGAUAGUGAAAGAUAUGAACAACGAUUAUCAGGGUUAUUAAAAGGAUUUCAGACCGCAAAAUUACCUAAGGAAAUUUUAUAUUCCAGAAGAGUAAGUGAAAAAUCUGAAUAUCAACCAGAGUAUAUUCGUACUUGGAGUGAAGAACAAAUUAAAGCUAUAUUAAACGUGGCUCAAGAGAAUUUACAAAGAUGUGUCGAUGAUAUGAAAUUACCUUGUACAGUUAUGCGUAAAAGUAAAGCGGUUGGUUUGGUUCCUCAACAAAAUGUAAAAAUAUUUCGAGAACAAUUGGAUGAAUGUGUUUUAUCCUCUCAACAUCGAAUAGUUAGCUUUUUACAAUUAUCGCAAAAACAAAAUUCGUUACCAUUUUGUGCUUUUAAUGGUGGAUGUGAUGUAUGGGUUGAUAUUGGAAAUAAGCUUAUAGGAGUUCAAAUAUUACAAGAAUAUCUGGGGGCUACACCAGCAGAAACUUUACAUGUAGGAGAUCAGGUAAUAAUUGAAGGAGAAGACGAAGAUAAAGUAAGAAAUUCGUAUUCACUUUCAGCAGUUCGAAAAUACACAUCUUUAUUUCCCGGAUUGGGAUAUGCAGGAGGAUAUAAAGUUCUUCAACGUACAUAUAAGUAUGGUGGUCAACCAUAUGUAAAAGAUUAUCUUAAUUCUCAUUAUAAGCAUCAAUUUUAUUCAACAUUUGGUGAAAAAAGUGAAGUGGUUCUUCUUCCAUUAGACGUUUUAAAGAUUCUACAGCAAACAAAUCCAGAUGCAUUAAAAGGUCGUAAUAUUUUCCGUAUCUUUUGGGACGAAGGAUCUAGACUUUACAGAGGAGGUCUUUGGACAAUGGCACGUAAUGCACCGGGCACUGUUGUUAAAGAACACAUUUUUGCUUUACAAGAUUAUUCCAAAGCCACCUUUUUCCAGAAUUUCUGUGCAUCAAUAGGUGGUGCGGUUGCUUCAAUUUCUAUUUCUCAACCUCUUGAUGUUGUUAAAACUCGAAUUCAAAAUAAACCAUUUGAUUCACCCGAAUCUGGCUUACAAGUUAUUCGUAAUAUGGUUUUAAAAGAAGGGGUUACACCUAAAUUAAUGAUAGUUGGACCUAAAUUAGUAUUUUCAUUUACUGUCGCUCAACAAUUGAUUCCUAUACUUAACAAAUUAUUUAUGAAAGAAGUUGCUAAUCCUAAUACUCUUUAA